AUGGCGGCCAUUUUAUUUCUCCUAAUAAUUGCUCCCCAGAGAAAACGAGCCACUAAUGAAAGCUGGAGUGACUGCCUUGAUUCCUUGCGUUGUAGUUGGAAAAACUUCAUAGAGAAUCCAUACUGCUUCACAGUAAGCUUGCAUCCAGCUGCCUGUGGUACCGCAUUCAGCUACGUUCUGCAGAUAAUCACUACUCAGCAGAAGCUGGAAGAUAUCACUACCACAACAUGGGCCAAUCCGAGUUAUCCUAACAACCAGAAGGACACAAAGACAGAGAAAUCAGAGCAGAAACAGUGGCUGGAAGACAACCCUGCUGAAGCCAUGGAGCUCAGGACACCGUUAGAGAAUAAUGAAUGGAAUUGGAAUGUGGAAAAGAUGGAGAUGUUAGAAAGAUUUGACAGUGAGAGGAAAGAAUGGGAAUGUCAGUGGAAAAUGAUGCAAAAAAAGAUAGAAGAGCUGUAUCAGGAAGUCAAAUUAAGAAGGGAGAAGAACUUGAAUGGGGCUGAAGACAAACUGGAAGAAAAAAUGCUGCAGUUCUCCAUGCCAUUUUCACAGGAUGAACCUUUUAGAACAACAAAUUUGGCAACACAAAAUCAUGUGGGCAGCAUCAAACCUGACAAAGGUGACAAAAUAUGGCUUAAUGACUAUUCUCAUACCAAGACAGAGCUCAAAAAACCCAACCACAAUCAACAUGUCUGCAGUGUUGAAUCUGAAAAGAGCAUUGCCCAAAAAAUGUCCAAGAUGGAAAAUGACACCCUCAAUGAUGCAUUGAAAGAGAUUGCCAGAGCAAGUGAAGAACUGUGUAAAUACCAGGAUGAAAUCCGGAAAAGAACUGUCUGCAAAAAAGCUGUAUCAGAUUCAGUAUUUGGAGAAUGCGAGAGAAAUCUUCACAUGAAAAGAGACAGAAAUCACACAUCUUGCCCUAAAGUGUCUACACACAAACAAAAGGACUGUGUAAGAAGCAGCAAAACCUCACAAGUCUCCUUUUCAUCUACUGAACCAUCACAACAGCAAGAAAAAGUUGACCGGUCUCAAGGCAUUGGAUUUUCUUCCUUCAAUUUUUCAUGGCCUUUAUCAGACUCCCUGUUUCAGGAUAAGAUUCCAGUCAUAAAUGAAAAUGUAGUUCCCAUCACAAGCAAGAAAGUCACUAAUGACAUUGAACUAAACAGCAAUGAUGGGGAGCAUUGCCACCUGGAAUGGUUAUGUGGUAUCGGAGGGCUUGAAGAUGGGAAUUUUACAGAGUCUUUGUUUAAUAGUUUUACAGAUAUUAACAGUUUUACCCCAGAAAUGAACAAACAAAAUGUUUCGGUGUCGCAAAAUCACAUUUUCAACUCGGAUAGUGUAUAUCCUGAUGUGAUAAUGUUAGGACAUUCCACUGUAGGCUCUGCAUAUAGCUAUGGAAAUACAAUAAAGAAUGGAAAAUUAGCAGCAAAGAUUGAUGAGUUCAACAGAGUAGUAUUUAAAACUGGCAAAGGAAAUGCAUUAAGCCAUGAUGAAAUGUCAAUGGAUGUGGCACUGGAUACAGAUGAAGAACAUUUGAGUCCCCCAGUGUCCCACCAUUCAACUACUGGAAAAGGUACAAAGCCACUUAUUGUAACUGAGAUCCGAGAACCACUUUGUACAGUUAACCCAUCUAAUAAUGGUACCACAGUGGAGAAACCUACAGCUCAAGUAUGUCAGCAGACAAACGUACCUCAUACUGCGAGUAGUUAUAAGAGCACACUACAAAAACACAACUGGAAAUAUAUCAAUUUGUCCGGACGUCCACGGUCAGCGGACUCUAGAUCCAACUAUGGGGUUGUCGAAAAGCUUCUGAAAAGCUAUGAGACCAAAGUUGCUGCUCCUACUUUUAAUUGUCAGCCAUCAGUAAGCAAAUGGACCCAGUCAGACUUCUUGCUGCCUGAUAACAGCUCUGAAACAUUGACUCAGUGUUUAGAGGUGCUUCAGCUUGAACAAACAGCAAAAGUUAUACCGAAUGACAUUCACUGGUUUCCACAUCAAGACUCCUUAAGCCUAAAGCUGCCUGAGGUAAGAAUACAAGUUGUUACUAAAGUCUAUCAUGCCACUUAA